AUGACUGGACUUGAUACUGCCACCAACGGCUUGGAAGAUCUUCCGAACGGCAGUACGAAUUCAUCCCCCUUGACGAUUUCCCAGUGGAAAUCUGCCCAGAUUGCCGGAAAUGGCCUCGAACGACUCCUCUCUCUCAUUUCGACCGAGAGAGCAGCCAAUCCUACAUCCAAAGCCUGGAUCUCGUUAGCUUCUCCUGAACAGAUCAGAGCCCAAUGGACAAAGCUUCAGACCUUAAGCGCUGACUCCACAUCCCUCCCCCUGUAUGGAGUCCCCUUCGCUGCAAAAGAUAACAUCGAUGUCGAAGGUUUCAUCACCACUGCUGCAUGUCCAACAUUCAGCUCCUCCCCAGCUGUAUCUGAUGCCACAGUGAUUGCGAAGCUCAAAGCCGCUGGGGCAAUCCUUAUCGGAAAGACGAAUCUCGAUCAAUUCGCUACUGGCCUGGUGGGUACGAGAUCGCCAUAUGGUGCUGUCCCGAACUCCUUCGAUCCCAGUCGUGUCAGCGGUGGCUCCAGUUCUGGAAGUGCUGUCGUUGCUGCUCGUGGCAUUGUGCCCUUCUCUCUUGGUACGGAUACAGCUGGCUCUGGUCGAGUCCCAGCAGGGUUCAACAAUAUUGUGGGAUUGAAGCCGACUCGUGGUGCAUUGAGCACUCAUGGAGUGCUUCCUGCAUGCAAGACUCUCGAUUGUGUGUCCAUAUUCAGCCUUACGGUUGAUGAUGCAGAGACCGUCUUGUCUGUCGCCGAAGGAUACGAUAUCCAAGAUUCAUAUUCGAGAGCGCGACCUGACCCUGACAUUGCUCCUUAUAAUGAGUUCGGAGGCUCGGCAAGUCUCACUAAGCCUUCUCUUGCAAUUUGUGCUUCUCCAGACUGGUUUGGCAGAGACGAUCAUUACCCAGCAUAUGAAAAGGCUCUUGCCAAAGCUUCUGCUUUGGGGUGGAGUCUCGUUCCCGUGGAUUUCUCCCUCCUCUUUCGUCUUGCGCGACUCUUGUAUAACGGUCCGUGGGUUGCUGAGCGAUACGAAGCCAUCCGAGGCUUUAUCGAGAGUGCCGCUCCCGAAGAAAUGGAUCCUGUUGUGCGAAAGAUCAUUGUCAGAGCGCAAUCCCUUUCAGCAGCAGAUGUUUUUGAGGGUGAAUACCUUCGUCAAGAACUUACACGUCAAAUUGAGCAGGAAUUCGCUCGGUUCAAUGGUCUCUUGGUACCCACGUCUCCGACAUUCCCUACGCUGGAUGAGCUUGUCAAGAACCCGAUCGAGGAGAAUUCGAUUCUGGGCACUUAUACCAAUUUCGUGAACUUUUUAGACUGGUCGGCGCUCUCUAUCCCUGCAGGUUUUCGACCUGAUGGACUUCCAUUUGGUUUGACGCUCAUUUCGACUUGUUGGCAAGAGCCGGUUCUUCUGUCAUGGGCUCGGGAGUGGUUUGGUGACGAAGAAAGGUGGUUGGGUGCGACUGGUGUAAAAGCUCGGGAGUCUCGCGUUUCAAAAUCGUCGGUCCCCUCGAAUUAUAUCCCCAUUGCUGUCGUUGGUGCGCAUCUCACCGGGUUCCCUCUCAACAAAGAUGUAGUCACUCGUGGCGGAAGAUUCCUGAGUGCCACGAAGACAUCAUCAUCUUAUCGGCUGUACUCGCUGAACACAGCAGUCGGUCCCAAAAAGCCAGGUCUGAAGCGAGUGUCCGCCGACGAAGGAGCAGAAAUCGAGAUCGAAGUCUGGAGCCUGCCCAAGAUUUCCCUCGCGAGCUUCAUGCUAACAAUUCCUCCUCCUCUUGCAAUCGGUUCAAUCGAACUCAAAGAUGGGUCCUGGGUAAAGGGGUUCGUAUGCGAGCCUUGCGCCUUCGAUGAAGCUGUUGACAUCACCAGCCACGGCGGUUGGCGAGCAUAUCAUGCAUCUCUCGAGAAGGAGGCCAAAUCUUUGGUAAACGGGGUUCGUAAGCGUACUAUCUCGACAGUUCUUGUAGCAAAUCGUGGCGAAAUCGCGGUUCGCAUAAUCGAGACGAUACACAAAAUGGGUCUUCGAGCUGUUGCCAUCUACUCCGAGAUAGACGCAGAUGCCGCACACGUUAGCAAAGCUGAUAUUGCUCUCAAGCUUGAGGGUUCUUCGGUGUCUGAGACUUAUCUGGAUAUCGAACAGAUACUGGGCUUAGCUGCUCAAUCCUCAGCUGAUGCCAUCAUCCCUGGCUAUGGAUUCCUCUCUGAGAAUGCCGAGUUUGCUACUGCCGUUGAAGAGAGAGGCAUGAUAUGGAUUGGACCAACUCCACAGCAAAUGGCUGAUCUCGGAUUGAAGCAUCGUGCCCGUGCUAUUGCGGUCGAAGCAAGAGUUCCCACUGUCCCUGGAUGCGAUACCCUUCUUACAUCACUGGAAGAAGCCCUCAACGAAGGGGAGCGAAUUGGGUUCCCGUUGAUGCUGAAGAGUACUGCUGGUGGCGGCGGUAUCGGUCUAAGCUACUGUAAGGAUAGACAGAGCUUGGCCGCAACGUUCGAGAGCGUUCAACGGCAAGCGGAAGCUAAUUUUGGUAACGGGGGCGUUUUUAUCGAAAGGUUCAUACAACGGGCUCGCCACGUUGAAGUCCAAAUCCUCGGAGACGGCACAGGUCGUGUAAUGGCGGCUGGCGAACGAGACUGCUCUUUACAACGGCGCCACCAGAAGAUUGUUGAAGAAAGCCCCGCGAUAUUGGUCCCUGAGUCCGUUCGGGCGGAAAUGCGAGCGGCUGCAAUUCGCCUCGCUUCAUCGGUCAAGUACCGCAAUGUCGGCACAGUCGAGUUCAUCUAUGAUAUCGAUUCGAGGGAGUUCUACUUCCUUGAAGUGAAUACUCGGUUACAAGUUGAGCAUCCUGUGACUGAGUCAGUAACUGGUCUUGACCUUGUGGAGUGUAUGAUCAAUAUUUCCGAUGGAAAUACAACCCACCUGUUCGAUACAGAGCUCCAAGUGUCUGGUGCUUCAAUUGAGGUCCGUGUAUAUGCUGAGAGCCCCCUUCAGUCUUUCCGCCCCUGCGCUGGUCGUAUCACUGCUCUUGAGUUCCCUUCCUCUCUUCGAGUUGAUACAUGGAUCCAACUCGGCACUGAGGUCACGACUGCUUUCGAUCCCCUGGUGGCCAAACUCAUUGCUUUGGGGGCUGAUCGUGAAGAAGCUAUCGAGGCGUUAGCUAAAGGCCUUGCAGCCACUCGCAUCGAAGGCGUACAAACUAACCUUGGAUAUCUGCGCCAGAUUGUAGCCUCUCCCAUUUUCAAAUCCGGUGAUUAUACGACAAAGUCGCUAGACGCCUUCCAGUUUCAAUCCUCCUCUUUUGAAGUCCUUCAGCCUGGGGCUUUGACCACGGUUCAAGACUACCCCGGCCGUACUGGAUACUGGAACAUCGGUAUCCCUCCCGGCGGCCCAAUGGAUUCUUCCUCCUUUCGACUAGCUAAUCGUAUUGUGGGCAAUCCCUCAGACGCCGCUGGGCUCGAAUGUACUCUGAGAGGCCCAUCUUUGAAGUUCCAUUGUGAUGCUGUGAUUGCCGCCGUUGGUGGUGUUGCACAAGUCACCAUCGACGAUGUGGCGAUUUCCAUGAACCAAGCCAUUGGUAUCAAAGCAGGCCAGACCCUGAUUAUUGGUGUCGUUGAGCAUGGCCACCGUGUGUAUCUCGCUAUUCGUGGAGGAAUCGAAGUCCCGGUCGUGAUGGGCAGUCGCGCGACUUUCGAACUUGGAAAGCUCGGAGGCUUCGGCGGUCGUAAGCUUCAAGCUCGUGAUAUCCUAGCCGUCAGUCCUACAGAUGCCUCUAUCAGUGAGGUACAAGCAAUAUCACCAGUGCCUGUGCCAACUCACUCCAAGGCCUCAUGGACCAUCAGAGUCAUCCCCGGGCCCCACGGCGCUCCAGACUACUUCACCCCUGAAAGCGUCAAGUCGUUAUACCUCAGCGACUGGAAGGUUCAUCACAACAGUAACCGCCUUGGUGUUCGUCUCACUGGCCCUCAGCCAGAAUGGUCUCGCAAAAGCGGCGGCGAAGCUGGCUUGCAUCCUUCCAAUAUCCAUGACGCUCCGUACUCGAUAGGUAGCGUAAGCUUCACUGGGGAUGAGGCUGUCGUUCUGGGCUGUGAUGGUCCGAGUCUUGGUGGAUUCGUGGUGAUGUGUGUGGUGUGCUCUGCGGAUCUGUGGAAGAUGGGACAGGUUCGGCCGGGGGAUACGAUUCGUUUCGAUCCUAUCGAUGUUGCGACUGCAGUUGGGUUAGAGAAGAGGCUCAAUGAAGUUAUUGAGACGCUCGCACCUCUUGAAGUCUUGGACAGCAUUCCGUCUGAUGAAGUGGUUCUGGCACAGAAGUUGGGAAGCAUUCCCGCUGUCGCGGGUACCAUCGAACAUGACGGCCAAAGGGUCACCGCCCGUCAAGCAGGUGAUCGAGCGUUUCUUCUGGAGUUCGGUGAUGCCUCUGCCUUCGAUCUUCGCCACAACUUCGAGAUAUCAGCAUUCUGCGAAAACCAUGAGAAGAAGCCCAUCGCCGGGGUCGAAGAACUCACCCCAGGCGUCUUCAGCCUCCACGUCACUUACACGCACGGUCUGUCCCCAGAAGUGAUGCUAUCACGUUUGACAGACCAUAUCCGCUCGUACAAAGUCUCCUCAAAAGUCCCCUCAAGAAGUGUUCGUCUCCCCAUCACGUUCGACGAUAGUGUCAGCCGCGCCGCCAUCGAUAGAUACUCAGCAACAAUUCGUCCAAACGCGCCCUGGCUUCCCAGCAACAUCGACUUCCUUCAAAAGCUCAACGGUAUCUCUGAUCUGACCGAAGUUUUGAGCGCCGCUGAAUUCGUGGUCCUUGGUCUAGGGGACGUGUUCAUGGGUUCACCUUGUGCAAUCCCCUUGGAUCCGCGCCAUCGCUUGUUCGGAACAAAGUACAACCCUUCGCGUUCUUUCACGCCUCGUGGCGCUGUUGGUAUCGGGGGGCAGUAUAUGUGCAUCUACGCGACGGGUUCGCCUGGCGGGUAUCAGCUUGUCGGAAGAACUGUUGAGAUCUGGGAUCCGGACCGUGUCGACACUGAAGCUUGGUUCUUUCGGCGUUUUGACAGGAUUUCUUUUUAUUCUGUCACGGAAGUGGUGCUGGAUGGAACAGCGAGGUCUGAGCUUGUGCAGAUCAGUGAUGGGGUUCUGGAUCUCGAACAGUACGAGACGUGGCUUACUACAAACAAAGAGGACAUUGCCGCGGCCGCGGAUCAGCAAGCAAAGGCCAUUUCCAACGCGCCCUUUUUCGAUGAAUUGGUUCUUCCGUAUCAAGUCGAGUCUGUCGUCAAUAGACAUGGCCCGAGUCUGGAUAGUUCGAGUCUUGAUGGUGAACGAGUCAAGGCGACGAUGCCGGGUCGAUGCUACAAGGUCCAGGUGAAAGAAGGGAGUGUUGUGGACAAGGGUGAUGUUCUAGUCUGUGUUGAGUCAAGUAAGAUGGAAGUCGAGAUUCGCAGUCCUGUCAGUGGGAAAUGCGUGGCUGUUUUGGUGCAGGCGGGGGACUUGAUUGACGUGGAAGAUGACCUGGUAGUCAUUGAAUGA